GACUCUAACGACAAGUUUGUCAAUUCAUUUGAUGACUUGUUUGAGAUGCGUUUUAGCCCCGAAGAGGUGGAGCGCGACCGCCAGACCGACACAUCUAUGGACAACUUAUUCAAACAGCUCGUCCAGCAGCCCAUUACCACUGUCGGCCAUUAUCUCAUACGUUUGCCGCAACCAAUAGUCGCCGAUUGUCUUCAAUUUGAAUUAGUUUUGGAGAACGAAAAGCACCGCAAGUUUGACGAGUGUUUAGCCGCUGAAUGUCGUGUUGAGUUGUGUCCGGCAUUUGUGCGCGACAUUCACGCCAUCACUGAUUGGGUCACUGUUAGCGACGACACGUAUUUAAUUGAUUCGGGAUUUUAUAACCUGGAGUUCCCCCUCCAGAAGGUGUCUGUCAUUCGUGUGUCUGGUUUUCGCUAUAAUAGCGACAAGAGUUUGCGAUACGCGCUGCACAUGAAGAACCUGUCGAUACCGGCCGAUCGCCACUCCAUUUGGUGGACGUCUGGCUCUAAAUUAGGUAAUGAGUCGAACGCAUCCCUCGGCGAUGAUAUGGUCUGCGACUGA